AUGCACUCCACUGCGCGUUUGACUCAUCUGUCGAGUCCUCUCCCAGUUACCCGGCUGCAAAUUUUGGCUCGAGGCUCCAGUGCGACCCCAUUAGCAGCACCCAGGCGAUAUGCUUCAAAUGCUGUAUCUGAGCUUCCAACAUCCCCGAGCACACGCUACUUGAAGCCUAUAUAUGACUUUUCUGCACAUACACAAUCCUCUGCAACGAAAAGUACUAUAGCGCUUGGCGAUGAAUACCUCCUUCCUGUCUACGCACGUCCUCCGUUCGUGCUUUCACAUGGACGUGGUAGCUGGGUCUGGGACGCAGAUGGCCGAAAAUUUCUUGAUUUCAGCGCAGGCAUCGCAGUGAACGCAUUGGGACAUGCGGAUCCAGGUGUCUCAGAGGUGCUACAGCAGCAAUCAUCGACCCUUCUCCAUACCUCAAAUGUAUACUACCAUGAGUGGGCGCCAAAGCUGGCGCAGCUUCUGGUGACGCUCACUAACAAAGAAGGUGGACUAGGCUACGCCACUGGCGGUACCUCUCCAUCUUCUUCAGCCGCUAAGCAAGGGGCCAAGAUAGCUCGCAAAGUUGGAAAGGACCGCUGGGCCGCGGCCACUGGUGGAAAAGUUGAUGACGUAUCGUGUCCUAAAACGCGUAUCGUGUGCUUUGAGAACUCUUUCCAUGGUCGAAGUAUGGGUGCCCUGAGUGUCACUUCGACGGAGAAAUACCAGCUACCCUUUCGACCACUGAUACCUGGAGUCAGCGUUGGCAAGCUCAAUGAUCUGGAAUGCCUCCAUAGGCUUAUCACUGAUGAUACCUGUGCGGUUAUUGUCGAGCCCAUACAGGGAGAGGGAGGCGCCACUGCCGCAACCGAAGAAUGGUUGAGGGCUUUGCGAAAGCGCUGUGACGAGACAGGAACAGUGUUGAUCUUUGAUGAAAUUCAAUGCGGCCUGUACAGGUCAGGGAAUCUUUGGGCACAUUCGGCAUUUCCAAUUGAUUGCCAUCCUGAUGUGAUCACGGUGGCGAAACCGCUAGCCAACGGUUAUCCAAUUGGUGCCGUAUUGCUUCGUGAUACCAUUGCAUCAACAAUGACACCAGGCACUCACGGGACGACGUUUGGAGGGUCACCCACGGCUUGUGCAGUUGGACAUCACGUUCUGAAUCGCCUCAGUGAUCGUGUGUUCGUGACUCAUAUGAAAGAGAUGAGCGCGUACAUGAACAACCGGCUCGAAGUUUUGCCGAAAUGGUUCCCAGCCACGUUACAGCCUCACGUGCGCGGUCGUGGUUUCAUCCGAGGCCUUGGAUUCAAUGAUGUCUCACAUCCUGGAGAAGUAGUGCAGCUAGCGCGAGAGCGUGGUGUGUUCCUGCUGACUGCUGGGAAAGAUGCUGUGCGUCUGGUGCCCUCUCUAAAUGUCAAUAAGGAAGAAGUAGAUAUAGCUAUGGACGUGCUUGAAGGGUGCCUGUCAUCUUUGCGGGCUUAA